UGUCAAAAAGAAUAGAAGUGUCAAAUCAUAACCUCACAAAACAAUUGGCUGUAAACAAACGUUUGAUAAACACUAAUUAUUUAGAUAUUUUGGAAAACCCACCGUUUUUAUCACAAUGAAUCCAUUAACGAAUAUGAAAAAUGUAACAAAACUCAGUGAAAAUGAGUUGAAACGAGGCGGCACAUCAUCUUGGCAUGAUGAAUAUAAAAAUAGCGCUUGGAUUUUUGUUGGCGGUUUACCAUAUGACCUAACCGAAGGUGAUGUGAUUGCGGUGUUCUCACAGUUUGGCGAAAUAGUCAAUAUAAAUAUGAUACGAGACAAACUGACGGGUAAACAAAAAGGCUUCUGUUUUAUAUGUUACGAAGAUCAAAGAUCGACCGUAUUGACCGUAGAUAAUUUAAAUGGUAUUAAGAUUUUGGGUAAAUCGCUGCGAGUGGAUCAUGUGAAAGAUUAUAAACCGCCAAAAGAUAAUGACAAAUAUGAUGAUGAAACUCGACAAUUGCAUGAAGAAGGAUGUGCACCAAGAAUGCAAUUGCCAACAAAUCAAAUAAAACAAGAAGAUCAGCCUAAAACAAAGCCUAAAGAAGAAAUCGUCGAUGGAGUGCGAUUACCAAUGCGUCUACCAAUCAGAGAUGUUAAACGAGAAACUGACAUUCCAAAGAAGGAGAAAAAGGAAAAAAAGAGCAAAAAACACAAGAAAGAGAAAAAAUCGAAAAAGGACAAGAAAGAGAAGAAAAGCAAAAAGAACAAAAAAAGGAAACGUUCAUCAUCAUCAAGUCGAAGCUCAUCAUCGGACUCUGGCAGCGAUUCGGAAACAGAUCGCCGACGAAAAAAAUACCGCCAUUAAAUUUGGAUUUCAAUUGUUAUCGUUUUAUAGAUUAACAUUAAGGAUAUUUUUUAUUCUCAAGACCGUUUCGCUCAAGAAACUACGUUGGUGUCGAAAAUACAAUUUAAAGAGAGACAUGUAAAUAAAGGCUUAUGACAUCAUGGAAGGAAACAAUUAUUUGACACAUUUUUAAUGAAAUAAAAAAAAAAUUUGAUACAUAAAAAUCUUCUCUGCCAUAAUAGCAUCAUUGAAUUUCGGAAAAUCGCUCUAUUUUGAUUUUUACUCAUUUUUUUCCGAAAAAUCUGUGAAUAGAAUGUGUUUGUAUAUACCAAGAGUGAAAGAAAGGUGUACCAAUAUAUUUGGAUUUUGUCAGCUCAUCUGAAACAAUAGAAAUGAUUGUUGUAUUGGAUACGUAUAAAAGUACUACCAUAACUAUAACAAUCAUUGUUUUCACUCUGUAUCAUCGUCUAACGUUAUCCAGAUCACAAAAUCCAAACAUAUUGUCUGACCCCAAGAAAAGAAAAUUGAUCAAUAAAAAUGAAUUUCCAUGUAUUUGUUUAAAAAUCGAUCUAUUCAA